CCUAUCCAUGCAUUGAUUUACUCUCACUUCAAUGCUCUUCAAACCAUUCUAUUCCAAGCAUCACCAUGGAUAAUCCAUAAAACAUUUUUUUUUAAAAAAAAAAAUUUUAAAAAAAGAAAGAAAAAAGAAGAAGAAGAAGGAGAAGAAGAAGCCAAAGACAUCUUAGUGGGGGUCCUUAAUCACUCUCAAAAGCUCCUCUUUUGCCUUCUUGAUAAGCCAUCACUUUUGCUCUCUUGCACACAAAACCUUUAUGCCUUCAUGUCUUCCUCUUCAAAUACCUCAAGAUAACCCCAAAAAAAAACAAAGAAAAAAAUGAGAACCAAAGAAGAUGAGGUACUAGAUAUGGGUGCAAACAAAGGAGGAGGAGGAGGAGAAGAAGAAGUGAGGAUGAAUAACAACAACAACAACAACAACAACAAUGAUGAUGAUGAUCAUCAAGUAGAGAUAACAGUAAUGGAGAUGAUGCACAAAGUGGAGCUUCCUCAACCUAAAAGCACCAUUACCAAGCUCAAGAUCAGGUUCAAAGAAACCUUCUUCCCUGAUGAUCCUUUCAGAAACUUCUCUGGCCAACCUUUCUCUUCCAAACUCUCUCUUUCUGCCCAGUUCCUCUUCCCCAUUCUCUCUUGGGCUCCUUCUUAUUCCUUCUCUCUUUUCAAGUCUGAUCUCAUCUCUGGCCUCACCAUUGCCAGCCUUGCCAUCCCUCAGGGUAUCAGUUAUGCAAAGCUUGCCAACCUGCCACCCAUUGUAGGAUUAUAUUCAAGUUUUGUGCCACCAUUAGUGUAUGCAGUGCUGGGAAGUUCAAGAGAUCUUGCAGUUGGACCUGUUUCAAUUGCUUCUUUGAUUAUGGGAUCAAUGCUGAGACAAGCUGUGAAUCCAAACACUGAUCCUUAUCUUUUCCUGCAACUUGCCUUCACUUCAACUCUCUUUGCUGGCAUUUUCCAAGCCUCUCUUGGCAUUUUCAGGUUAGGAUUAAUUAUAGACUUCUUAUCAAAGGCCACACUGAUUGGAUUCAUGGCUGGUUCUGCAAUCAUAGUUUCUCUUCAGCAACUCAAAAGCCUUCUUGGGAUUGUUCAUUUCACCAAACAAAUGGGUCUGGUCCCUGUUCUUGCUUCUGUUUUCCACACCACCAAUGAGUGGUCAUGGCAAACCAUAGUGAUGGGGAUGAGUUUUCUAGGCAUUCUGUUGCUUGCCAGACAUGUUAGUAUGAAAAAGCCAAGCCUUUUCUGGGUUUCAGCAGGGGCUCCAUUAGCAUCAGUUAUCAUUUCCACCCUCCUUGUUUUCCUCUUCAAAGCUCAAAACCAUGGAAUCAGUAUUAUUGGACACUUGCCACAUGGACUUAAUCCACCUUCAUGGGAUAAACUUAUCUUCAAAAGUUCAUAUCUAAGUUUGGUAAUGAAAACAGGACUCAUCACUGGAAUCAUUUCUCUAACUGAAGGAGUUGCAGUUGGAAGAACAUUUGCUUCACUUAAAGACUACAAAGUUGAUGGUAACAAAGAAAUGAUGGCAAUUGGAUUGAUGAACAUUGUUGGUUGUUGCACUUCAUGUUAUGUUACAACAGGAGCAUUUUCCCGGUCGGCGGUAAAUCACAAUGCAGGAUGCAAAACGGCGAUGUCGAAUAUAGUAAUGGCAUUGACGGUGAUGGUCACGCUACUCUUCCUCAUGCCGCUCUUCGUCUACACCCCUAAUGUUGUUCUCGGAGCGAUCAUAGUGACGGCCGUCAUCGGUCUCAUUGAUCUGCCUGCUGCAUAUCAUAUAUGGAAGAUGGAUAAAAUGGACUUCCUAGUUUUGUUAGCAGCAUUUCUUGGAGUUGUCUUUAUUUCUGUCCAAGAAGGCCUAGCAAUUGCGAUAGGAAUUUCGAUCUUUAGAGUUCUGCUUCAAAUCACAAGGCCGAAGAUUGUGAGUUUAGGGAACAUAUCAGGGAGUGAUAUUUAUAGGAAUGUUCAACAAUACAGAGAUGCAAAAAGAGUUCCAGGAUUUCUAAUUCUUGCAGUUGAAGCUCCAAUUAACUUUGCAAACUGUACCUACCUUCAUGAAAGAAUUGGAAGGUGGAUAGAAGAUGAACUUGAUUGUGGAGGGAAAUGCGCUUCUCUUCAAUUUGUAAUUCUGGAUUUAUCAACCGUGAGUGCGGUGGAUACAAGCGGAAUUUCACUUUUGAUUGACUUAAAAAAAAUUUUGAGAAAAAAAGACAUUGAGCUAGUGCUUGUAAAUCCAGUGGGAGAAGUGAUGGAGAAAAUUAAAAGAGCAGAUGAUGCACUUCAAUUUCUUGGAGUUGAUUCUCUUUAUUUAACUAUUGAGGAGGCUGUCAUAUCACUCUCUUCAUUGAUUAAGGAAGCAUCCUAAAUUCCUAAUUACUCCAAAAUUUCUCUAUUUUCUAUUUUAUUUUAUUCAAUAUUAAUGUUUGCAUGUAACUGUAAAUUUCUAUGUAUUUAUUAAUAGUAAUGGCAUCACUCUCUUUGCUUCA